UUUGUUUCAGAUGAACUUCUGCGCAUGUUACAAAUAGCACUAAUAAUUCCGAUCAAUUGUUGUGUGUCGUUAACUGGUGUUAUUACGAAUCUAUUUAACAUUGUGAUACUGACUAAACUAGGAUUUAGACAUAGCAUGAGCAUAGGCACCAUGGCUUUGUCUGCUACGGAUUUCUUCGUUAGUAGUCUUCAGCUCGGCUCCGAGGUUAGCUACAUAUUGCAUUACACAAUAGGAGAUAGUUGGAUCGAUUUUCUAGCGUUAAGCCAGAUCGCCAUUGGCUGGACGAGGUAUGCUGGAAUAUACAUUUCGGGGUGGAUCACAGCAAUUAUCGCCCUUGAAAGGUGCUUCUGUGUAGUCUUUCCUUUUCACGUCAAACAGAUUUGCACGAAGUAUGUUUAUAUUCUAGUGCUGGUUUCUAUUUAUAGCGUUUACAUCUCGCUCGUCAUACCUAUUUAUGUAGCGGAGAAAAUGGUGUGGCUUCCGGUUUACAGCAAUGACUACAACUCGUCAGAACAUCCUAGGUACGUCUGGACAGUUCUGAUCAACGAAGAAGCCGCGCAGUUAGAGAUCCUCUUCGAUACUGUGGGCGUCUCAGGGUUCGCCCUUUUCUCUCAGUUCUCUCUUCUCUUCUGCACGGUCUACAUGACCUUCACCCUUAAAGCGUCCUCGAGAAUCCGAAAAUCCUGCACCAUUCCUUAUCCAGAUCUCAAGGCACAAGCCUCAGCAGAACUCAAUUCGUCCAUAAGGACGUCAUUUCUAACAAGAAGAGAAAAACGUCUGGUCCGUGUAGCUGUCUGGCUGGCCGUGAUUAUGUUGACCUGCAACGUCCCAAGGUAUAUCGUCAUCGCUAUAUUUAGCACCCUGCCAGGAAUGCACGCUCCGGUUAACAUUUCUGUCGCUUUUUUCAUGUACGACGUUUCCGACGUUUUCGCCAACGUGAACUGUUUGGGAAACUUCUUUGUUUACGUGAAACUAAACUAUAAAUUUAGAACUAUGUUUAACAAUUUUAUUAAUAAGCGAUGCGCUUUAAUCGUUAAAUAAAAAAU